ACUAAAAUUCCAUCUUUUUUAAAUAUUUAUCAAUAAUCAUAAAUUUAGAAUAUCUUAAAAAAUUUUAUGAUGAAUAACAUGACAAACAUUUUAGGCAUUGAGUCAAACAUAUUCACAUAUAUACAAGUUUUCGUAAUAUUGACUAAUCACCGCAUUUUUUAUGUCUAUAGAAAAAUUCGACAAGUAACAGUAGUUGUUGACACUUCCUGCAUUAUUAUUCGUUUCUUAGACAAAAUAUUUUUAUGAUUAGGUCAUAGGUUUUUAGUUUUGGGUAUAGGUGUUAAAAAUUUUAAUCAUUUAAUGUUCAAACAAUUUUAUAUAUAUUUUUUACUGUUUGUAUAAUAUACAUAAAGUUUUGAAACUUAGUGUGAAUAGAAAGAUGGCAUCUUUAAAACCAAGAAAUUCUAGUGGGAAAUUGUUAUUGGAAAAACUAAAUAAAGAUUUGUUCCUUGGUAAUAUUAUUGAGGCAAGAAAAGUGGAAGGAAAAAACGUGGAGAAUUUUGAAUUCAAUAAAAAUCGAUGCAAAGUUUUAUCAGGAAAUGAAAAUAUUAAGGAGAAAUCAAAUGGAAUAUUAUAUUGGAUGUAUAGAGAUUGCCGAGUACAGGAUAACUGGGCGAUGAUUUUUGCACAAAGAAUAGCUAUUAAGAAAAAAAUACCAUUAUUUGUUUGUUACACUAUCAAAGAUGUUCAUCAUCAGUAUCCUACACAGAGACACUUUAAAUUCCUCAUCGAAGGUUUAAAACUUGUUCAAAAAGAAUGCAAAGAAUUGAAUAUUGGAUUUCAUAUUGUGAACAGCUCUCCUAAAGAUAUAGCGAGCUUGGUCUCAAAUAAUAAUAUAGGUGGGGUUGUAUGUGACUUCAGUCCUUUAAAACAUCCUAGAAAUUUACAAGCAGCACUUUUAGAUCAUAUCCCUGAUGAUGUACCUGUAGUUCAAGUAGAUGCACAUAAUAUUGUGCCUGUUCGGAUAGCUUCUGAAAAACAAGAAGGUAUGGCCAAAUUUCUGAGAAGCAAAAUAAAUAAAUACCUCGAUGAAUACCUCACUGGUUUUCCUAAUGUAUCUAGUCACCAAUUUAAAGGAAAAUUGGAUCUUAAAGAUGACAUUGAAAAUAUCGAUGAUUGUUAUAAUUAUUAUAAACCAAAAUAUGAUGUACCUGAAGUAAAAUGGGGAGAAGGGCCUGGUGAAACAGCAGGACUUUUCAUGUUGUAUAAUUUCAUGAUUAAAAAUCUAAAAGAAUAUGGAAGUACCAGUAAUGAUCCCUCUAAAGACAAUACAUCAAAAUUAUCUCCUUAUUUAAAUUAUGGUCAAAUUAGUGCGCAAAGAUGUGUCUUAGAAGUCAAAAGCCUCAGCUCAUUGUACAAGGAGCAAUGUGACAAAUAUUUAGAAGAACUUAUUGUAAGACGAGAAUUAACAGAUAAUUAUUGUUAUUAUAAUAGUAAUUAUGAUAAUCUAGAGGGAGCUGCUGGAUGGGCUAAAGAUUCUCUAAAACUUCAUAGUAAGGAUAAAAGGACGUGGACCUAUACGAGGGAGCAGCUAGAAAAUGCUAAAACUCAUGAUGAAAUGUGGAACGCAGCUCAGUUACAGGCUUAUCAUGAAGGUAAAAUUCAUGGAUACAUGCGAAUGUAUUGGUGUAAAAAAAUACUAGAAUGGACGGAAUCUCCUGAACAAGCUAUUGAAUAUGGGCUAUGGUUAAAUGAUACAUUCUGCUUAGAUGGAACAGAUCCAAAUGGCUACGUAGGCAUUAUGUGGUCGAUUUGUGGAGUUCAUGAUCAAGGUUGGAAGGAAAGAGAAAUAUUUGGCAAAAUUCGUUAUAUGGUCGAUUAUAGUCUAAGAAAAAAGUUCAACAUGGAUGCUUAUUGUGCGAGAUUUGGGAGAAAAUCCAUGGAACAAGUUAAAAAGAAGAAAGUAACUGAACCUUCUAGUAUAAACAAAGAUAAAAUAAAGAAACAGGGUAUUAAGCGAAAAGCUUCAUAAAUAAAUUAAAAUAAAAAGCAUGCUUGCAAAAAGUAAUGUUUACCAGACACUUUUUUUCACCUUUUUAAUUUUUUUGGUCACAAUCAUUCACAAACUUUUUCACAGUUGAAUUAUUUGUAGUUUAUUUACAACCUUUUAAAUAUUCCAUUAAUCAAUUAUCAUAGGAAAAUGAAACAAAGUAUGUAAAAAAACUGAUUUUCUAAUUAUUUCAAUUAAAACAUUGACAAAAUAAAUUAUACACGUGUUUAUACCUCUCGCAUUUCUUCAUACAACCCAAACUUGACUUGAAAUAUUUUUUUUAUAAAAAAAUCGAGUAUAAAUAAUGAAAAAUGCUAUGACUAUAUUAACAAUCUUAAUAGUUGAUAAUUUUCAAUUGAUAUUUAAGAAUUGCUAACAAUAUCUUACAAACGAUAAUAAAUACAGGUCCAUAAUAGAAACAUUUAAAUAGAUUUUAUAUUAGAAUCUUUACACAAGUACUCCAUUGGUCUGUGUUCCAUGACUGGUCUGUUAGAAUCUGCGACAGUCGUUUGGGAUUUGUGUGGAUUAACGUAUAAUUUUGAUUUGUGACGGUAUUCGUCAAACACUCUAUCCAAAGUGGAUAUAACCUCAUCCACAUUUUCUUUGGUGAAUACCAUCGGAGGCUUGAAUUUAAUUAUGUUGCAAUGAGGACCAUCCACACUGAUCAAUAUAUGCUCUUCACGCAUCCUGUAAUUAAAAAUAUAGGUAUAACAAUCAAGUUAGAUUGGAUGUAAUACAAUCUAAUAAUUUUUUUAUUUCAAUGUUAUUUUUACCAAAUGUAAUCUUUUAUUAGGUAUUUCGAGUGCUGCAAGCGCCCGAAACAUAUGUUUUCUACUUAUUGAAUCAUACUCCUGCUUGAAAUCCACAAAGAGGAAAUUCAGGUUUAAUCCUUGGUCAUAGCUAUUGUUAUGGAUUGCCUUCAGUAUGAAAAUUUGAUCACUAGUUGACUUCCCCUUUUUAAAGCCCCCCCUGAUACUCGACCACUUGUUUUGCCCCUAGAUUAUAGCCUGCUGAUAAAUCUACUACUGACUUUACAAAUACCAAGUUCCAAAGUAAAGGAGGCCUAUAUAGUUUCGUUAUAAUCAUGUUAUAUUAAUGGUAGUCUAAGAAAAAAUGAGUUCUAUAAUACAAAAAGUAUUUCAUGUUUUUUAUGUUUCCACUUAACCUUUCUAAAAGCAAUUCAUUUAGAAAAAAUAUUCAGUUGAAGUCAAAAUACAAUUAGAAAUGUAAGUACACAGAUUUGUAUCAUAAAAGAGUUGAGAAUAUUGAUUCGUUAUAUGAACCAUUGUAAUUUACCUUUGUAAUACAAAUUUUGCACAUUU